AUGACCAGUGUUUUUGUAUGUGUCGUUUUCGAGUUGUUGCUGUGGGUUCAUGCCUUCACACCGGUUGCUUGUUUCCGAUGCACAGGGACCCCGACCUACGGCCUCCCAGAGAGGCCUCUCAUGCGUGUGCUGAGGCAUGAAUUUGAGGAGCAGAAGAGCCUUCAGAAUCAGCUGUCAGCAGAAAAGCAGAGCAGUAGGCCCAACGGGGCACGCCAUGAGGGAUACUACAGACACAUGGAAUCAUUGGAGAAAGCAAAGAAGGCUGAGGAAAUGGAGGAGGCACGGCGCAUGGAGCGCAUCCGGCGGGCGUGCCACUUGUACCGCCCGACAGCUGGCAACCCCCUUGAGAACGGGGAGGAAUUCGAGGACGACGAUGAAGAUGACAACUUUUCGCUGUCCAACAGGACUUCCCCACAGAACCCUCUGUACCCACGACAGGGCUGGGGUGCCAAUGUCUCUCUGCCGUCCAGCACACCACCAAGCAGCCGAAAGAUGCACCAGACAUCCAAGGAAAACCCAUUUUACUGCAGCCAGGAAAACUGGAGUCCACAGAGGCCGACCACCCCAUCAGGCAGGAGGACGCCCAACUUGCAGACUUCGCCUGACAACCCUCUGCUGGAUUACAGAGGCGAUCACACACCUCCCCGACUACCACCUUCCGCGAGCAGCAUGCGACACAGCGCACGCUUGCAGUUUGAAGCUGAUCACGCAAGGUUGAGCGAAUUGGAGGAGGACACCAGGAAUAGAGUCGAUGCAGAUCGUGUGGCGGCUUUUACCCACUACAGGGAGGCUGGGCAGAUAGAGCUGGAGCUGCUGCAGCAGUACCCCCACGGCGUGCCGAGGUCUGUGAGGAGGAAAUUGGAGCAGCAGGGGAUCAUACUGCCCCCCAUUGGAUAUGGCCUCACCGCUGGUACAACCAAGGGGGUCAUCACAAGAAGUUGA